AUCGUGCAUCCGGUUUUCGCAGAUUCGUGACAUUUUUAAUUUGUAUCCGUCAUUUCGGGUACCCGGCUUCUAAUGAACACCCUGCCAAACAAAUUUGUUCUUUAACCUUGGGAGUCCAAAUUCAGCUCCUCUUGUUCCCGCCAGAAACCUACCUUAUAUUCCUCUUCUUCGUUUCAGGACUCAGGCAAGUUGGCCGAGUGUGUGGUCAGCGGCUCCGUUCUGACGUUCAAUAAUGGAAUUUCCCGACUUAGAUGAGCUUCAGUGGCUGGAGAUGAACCAGCAGGAGGAAGAGGAAGAGGUAGAGGAAGAUUACCCAGUGGAACUCCAAGUAGAAGAACGCAAAUAUGAAAACGAGGAUCAACAUUUUGAAUCUGAAGAAGCAAUUCCUUCUACUCAACCACAUUCCCAUUCUCAAAUUCCCUCCAACGAGAAGAAGCGUCCUCGAUCUCCACCGGAUACUGAUUAUGACGACGAGUGUGUUAGGGUUAGGGUUAGGGUUAAUGUUAGACCUGAAAUUGAAAUCCAUCACCAGAACUAUGAUAAUGGAAAUUAUUUGUCUCGUUAUGCCUCGGAAAUAGACGGCGAUUGUGUACCAAUCACAGCCCCCUCUGGCUCUGGCUCUGGCUCUGGCUCUGGCUCUGGCGAACGAGUUUAUGCCAAGCUCGACAAUGUUGUUAAGAAAUUCAAUAUGCCAACCAUAUCCAGCAGCGGUCUUAUCUCAAAAUCAGUUUGUGUUCUUCUACAAAACGCAGAGCAGGAUGCACUGUUGAAGGCUUUGCAGGCUAGUUCUGAAGAUCAAAACACUGUAUUACCUCAAGAAACACCAGUUAUGACAGAAAAACUUUGGGUAAACAAAUAUGCUCCAAGAUCUUUUACUGAGCUUCUAGGUGACGAACAAACAAAUAGAGAGGUGCUUUCUUGGCUGAAACAAUGGGAUGCUGCAGUGUUUGGUAAUGGCAUUAGAAACACUGAAGACGAGGUUUUAUCUGCACUGAGACGACAUUCUUCUCUCCCCCUCCAUCAGAAGCACUCUAGUGUUAGUUUUCUCGGGAAGAGUAGAGGGCAUACUUCUUCUGGAAAGUACACAGGGACGUCAUCUAUGUUCGAUCAAGAAAAUAAUGGGCCAAAAGGUAUUGAUGGGUUGCAAAACAAGAUGCAGAAUGCAACACUAGAUCAGAAGGUACUUUUGCUCUGUGGACCCCCUGGACUAGGAAAGACAACUCUUGCUCAUGUGGCCGCGAAACACUGUGGAUACCAUGUUGUGGAGAUAAACGCUAGCGAUGAUCGGUCAUCAAGUACCAUUGAGGCAAAGAUCUUAGAUGCAGUGCAAAUGAACUCAGUCAUGGCUCACUCGAAACCCAAAUGUUUAGUCAUUGAUGAAAUUGAUGGAGCACUUGGUGAUGGAAAGGGUGCAGUAGAGGUCAUUUUAAAAAUGAUUGCGGCAGAAAAGAAGUCUUGUGUUGGAAGUGAAGCUUCUAUAAAAGAGGAACAAUAUGGAAAGAAAUCAUCGAACAAGGGGCGCAAAGCAGUUUCUCUGUCACGACCAAUGAUUUGUAUCUGCAAUGAUCUCUAUGCUCCUUCAUUAAGGUCUCUGCGGCACGUAGCAAAGGUUCAUGUGUUCUCUCAGCCGACUCUAAAUCGCGUGGUGAACAGGCUGAAAUACAUAUGUAGCAGGGAGGGAAUGAAGACAAGUUCCAUUGCAUUGACUGCACUUGCUGAAUAUACAGAAUGCGAUAUACGCUCGUGUUUGAACACACUUCAGUUUCUUCACAAGAAAAAGGAAUCUCUCAAUCUGGUGGCUUUAAGUUCCCAAGUGAUUGGUCGAAAGGACAUGACAAGAAGUAUUUUUGAUGUCUGGAAAGAGGUAUUCCAGAAGAGAAAAACUAAACAAAGCCGGAAAUGUGAUGUCAGUCCAAGAGAGACAUAUGAUACACAUGGUUCCUUAUACUCUUUGGUUUCCUACCGAGGUGAUAAUGAAUUAAUUUUUGAUGGCAUUCAUGAAAACUUUUUGCAGCAACAUUAUCAUGACCCGUUGCUGCUGAAGACGGUACAUUGCCUUAAUGCUCUUGGUGUUUCCGACUUACUCCAUCAGUAUGUUAUGCGUUCGCAUAAUAUGUCUCUUUGUGCGUACUAUCCUUCUAUCAUUAUCACAAUACAUCAGCUGUUGGCACGUGUGGAAACACCGACUAUUGAAUGGCCUAAAUCAAUAAAGAGGUAUCGCUCAUUGCUGCUGGAAAAAUUGGAAAGGUUAAGAUCUUGGCAAACUAAAAUUGCACCAUACAUUUCAAGGCAUCUGUCAGUGAAUUCUUUUGUUGAAGAUACAAUUUCUCCAUUCUUGCAUAUUCUCUUUCCAGCGGAUGUGAGGCCGGUUGCAGUGCAGUUACUAUCGGAUAAAGAGAAGAAUGGUCUGGCACAAUUAGUUGGCACUAUGGUUUCAUAUUCUCUAACGUACAAGAACACAAAAUCUGAUUCAUCAGCAAAUAACUUAGCGCAUAAUGGAUUGAUGGAUGCCUUAUCAUUGUCGUUGGAUCCACCCAUUCCAGGUUUUGUGAACUUCAAGGAUUACAAGCCUGCAUAUUAUGAACUAGCAUCAGCUGUGAAGCAACUUCUCGUGUAUGAGGUUGAAAAACAAAAGAUAGUCCAAGAAAGCACAGCCAAAUUCAUACAUCCAACUGAUUGUUCCGAACGGGAUACCACUGCUGCAAGGGAUAAAGAAAGAAGACCAGAGUCUACCGAAACGCACAAGGCUGCAUUUGAUUAUUAUAAUAAAGAUUUAACAAAGAAUAAGUCACAGAAAGAUGUCUGCAAACCUCAUAUCCAUAGAAGUGCAUCCUCCCUGGGAUCUAGUGGAAGUUCAGCUGAUGUGAAGAAGCUAAAACUCAUUGGAAAUGUGAAAAAGCCUUCCAUUGGUUCCUUUAACUUCUUUGACAGGUUUAAAAAAAUGGGUCACAAGGGUUGCGACGGUGUAGAUAGUUCAGAAGAGAAGCUAGCGGGUGCAGAGAAAGAUGGGCGUCAUCUCUUAUUCAAGUUCAACGAGGGUUUUACAAAUGCAGUUAAGAGGCCUGUACGUAUACGUGAAUUCUUACUGUGAUGGGAUCCAGUUGCAUGUUUCAUGGAAAAGUUGCUUUUGUUACUUGGAUUCCUGAUUCAUCUAUUGCUCAAUCGGGAUACAUAAUACUAGAUUCGAAUGAGUCAGCUCAAAGUAUGACUUUGAGUGAUGUUUUGACCGUAAUGUUCAUUGUGUGUACAUAUAUAUAGUCAUUCGAAAAGAUGAGACAAUUUUAGUACUUUUAAGGCAUUGUGUGCCUUGACAUAUUAA